UAUUGAUCCUGCGAGGAGCAGGGGUGGAGCGAGCUUGGUUGCUCGGUUGGUGGAUGUGCAAAACGGUGCCCUAUGUUCAAGGGGUGUCCGUGGCUGCGUCAGUUUACAGCCUGAUUGCCGUCUCGCUCGACAGAUUUCUUGCAAUCUGGUGGCCCCUCAAGUGCCAGAUCACCAAGCGGCGGGCCCGCUUCAUGAUCUUCUUCAUCUGGGUGAUCGCCCUCACCACGACGAUCCCCUGGGCCCUUUUCUUUGACCUGGUGAUCAUCUUCAACGACGCACCGGACGUCCAGCUCUGUGUGGAAGUGUGGCCAGACGCCCUGGACGGCACGCUGUACUUCCUCAUUGCCAACCUACUGUUCUGUUACAUCCUGCCCAUGAUUCUUAUAUCCCUGUGUUAUAUCCUAAUCUGGGUCAAGGUCUGGAAACGCACAAUUCCUACAGACACAAAGGACGCUCAGAUGGAGAGGAUGCAACAGAAAUCCAAGGUCAAAGUCGUCAAGAUGCUGGUGGCUGUCGUCAUAUUGUUCGUGCUGUCGUGGUUGCCGCUGUACGUCAUAUUCGCACGGAUCAAGCUGGGAGGGGACGUCGAGAUGUGGGAAGACGACAUCCUGCUGGUGGCAACGCCAAUCGCCCAGUGGCUCGGCGCGUCCAAUUCUUGCAUAAACCCGAUUCUGUACGCCUUCUUCAACAAGAAAUAUCGGAAAGGCUUCAUCGCCAUUUUGAAGAGCAGGCGCUGCUGCGGACAUCUGAGACAGCUAACUGAGGACACGUUUUGGAUGGAGGUCCAUGGAAAUGAGACGUACUUGCAACGACAUUACGAGUGUUCAACAUCCCUGAGAAAGGCAGUGCGCAAGUCGAAUGACACGGGCGUCAGCCCCAUGCAGUUACGGUCCACUGUUUCCUAGACUUUCGAUUCUUGCACCUUAAAGACAUCUACUCCUGAAGAAGUUAAAAAUGUGUAUCAAAUUCCAUUGUGAAGGUCGUGUCUUCAUACCACAUGUUCAUUAUAUGUGUCAUGUUGUUUCUAUGUUGAGACCUCGGUGCGCUGGCACGUCAUGAACAGACUGAGGAUUUAUGUAUUAUUUCUCACAUCAACUCGAAAAGAGUCCAAAUAAAUACGCACAAAAACUGAACUAUUUUUCAUCUGUGUAAGUUUGUUUGCUGUUUCAUGUUACUCUUGUAGUCAUGUUGGUAACAGCGUAUUGUCCGGAGUCAGGAGUUUUUUAAGAUUCAGAAUAUUAAGACUUUAAUUAACUGUGUUUGUCCCGUUUUGUGAAUGUUUUAGAGAAUUUGGAGAUCUGUUUUCUUGUACACAUCUACGCGUCCUAGACUUACUUUGUUCGGUACUCCAUUUUGUAACGCUAGAAUGCGUUUGAGCAGGAUAUAAGUAAAAACUGUUUUAAACCAUAACCCUUUUCUUGUUCAGUAGUAUUUGUAAAUGAAAAUAAAUACUAAAUAUGUAAUAAAAUGGCAACAAGGUUGUUUAUGAAUCUACAUUUUUCUUUGAAAUAUAUGGUAUGGUAUUGUACAUUUUCCACACACAGAAUUUUAAUAUAAUAUAUAAAUUAAAAACGCGAUCAUUUCAGAAGAUCAGGGCUGAAUUCACGUGUCGAAUAUAAAAAAUAUGAAGUGUGUUUAAUAGCAUCGACAUGAAAAUAUGGAAAAUAUAGCUUUCAUAAUUAAAGGUGAUAUAAAUACUACCAACUUAUAUGAAAGUAUGAAAACCGUACCCAGUGCUUGUAAAGCGGAUUCCCCACAUAUAUUCUGACUGCUACAUUAGAAUCAAUAUAGUACGUAAAUUGGGUAUCCAAAUGUCCCAGAAAUUCCAUGCAGGUAAAAUAUAAAAGUAGUUAUAAAUUCUCUUGUAUCCAGAUCUGUUUAUACUUCGUAAGAAUUUCAUAAGUUUUCCUCACACCACUACCAACCUUGAAAGUAAGACACACAAAUACAAUCUUCCACAUGAAGUAGCAACGAUAUUAAUUGGUAAGAGGGGAAUUUCUGUGUCCUCUGUAGCCUUUCGACAGAGCACAUUCUGGUGACACGUGACAAUGUUAUUUACAUUGUACGUAACUUAGUAAUUUCGUCUUUGCGUUUUUUUCAGAAGGAAACGCAUUUGGAUUUUAUGGAAAGGCAUACUUUGAAGUGGAUAGAAUACUGUUAUGUAUUCAUUAAUUCUAACGUAACACUUGGAGAUAAAUCCUCAGUCUAGUUUCGGAACAGUGGGACUGUAUAGCGUGUAAUAGCAGAUGUUGGAAAUAUUUUACGCCCGGUCACUUGUUGCUUCAAAACACUUUCCUGUCCACUGCAUUAAGAAGCAGACAAGCCGAUAUCUGUCACAACUGUAAACUAUGUGAUAAGACGUUUCUUUUCCGAGAAGUAGAUUUAAAUUAAUUUUCCCGAUUAAUUGUUCAUCAGAUAAUGAUGCUAUAUGGUAAUGUGAAGCUUUAAUGAGUAAGAAUCCAUGGCUUUUAGGUAAUCUUAGUGCAUAGUUUAACGUCACUUUAGAGACAUAUUACGUAUUUAACGAUGUAUCAUGUAUCGUUUUUGGUGCUGAAAAGCAAACAAUGCAGUUGGCCUAAGCCUCAAUCUGUAGGCAAUUUGAAAGUGUGACCACACUUAUAAAUGGUGAUUGAUAUAGCAUAGCAUAGUUACUCUUCGCUGUCAUAGUCCAGACGAGAACAUAUUACGUGUUAUGUACAGUUGCAACAUGCAUUGUAUAAUGUUUGACUAAUGUUGUUUAGUGAUGAAUGUACAUUUAAGGAAAUCGUUUUAGAAGUUAUAAAAGGUGAUGAUGAUGAUGAUAUGUUACAUUUGAAGUUUGUAUGAAUGUAAUAAAAAUAAUUUAGUUUUAUAAAUAUAAAUAUAAGACUUGAGCUGUGUCCACACGCAAGAAUAUGGCGUGUACCAAAAUGUAGUGUUUCUAUAUGAGAUUUCCAGACUGUGAAAGUAAUAAUAUUCUUACAUGUAGUAAUAUUGUUACAAGGUCGAAUCGAUUGAAACCGUGUGUGUAGUCAAAAUGAAGCUUGAUUUGUGAGAAAUACAAGUUUGAGAGCGUGGCAUUUGGUUUAUCGACCAGACAAUCACUCAAAUUAUUUUGUUUCAUCCUUAGCAAUGUCAGUUGGCGUUCGAAAAAGGUUAUUCAACGAGGAUGCAAAAAUUUUAUGUAGGCCUGAGAGAAAUUUCCGAACGAAGGAGAAUAAUGGCUGUUAGAAGAAUGUGACGACCAGGAAGGACUGAAAUGGUCCGCGGGUCCACGGUCACAAAAUCUUCAUCCUCAUUUUUCCAUUAGAAAGUCUACGAAACUGACAUUUAAUGUACAAAAUGUAACCAUAAGCAAGGAAAGAUUUUGUUCUACUUGUAUAUGGUUGUACAUGGAGCAAUGCAGAGAUUUAUGGCAGUGAAACACGUUCAGUAACAGCCCAUUUAAGAAGAAGAUUUGAACUGAGUGUCACAUAUUAGCAAACACCACCUCAGUCCCUUUUCACAACGGCGUAAGGCGUCCUCAGAUUGCGAAUGGAAGUGACGGCUACAGAUGUUAACGACAGCUGCGAAUAUAUUAAAUACUUCUUAUAAAUACGUAAAAUAAUAUAUUUCUACAGGUGCUUUAGAAAUUAUUUAUGUUACAAACAUAGACUUAAUACAUUUGUUUGUGUACGUAUGCACAUGUGUAUAUAUACACAAGAACGUUAUAUGUUACUUCCUGUUUGGAUGAAUUAUGCCAGUAUUUGAUCGAUACCUGAUACAUUAUAUCUUUCCAAAUUUGCAAUAAGUCUCAGCCUCAAAGCAACAAGACUCAGGAAGUAAUUGAUACGUUGUUUGUAUUUCAACCAGCCUAAUAUCGUUACGACAUGAAGGAACGGAAAAAGAAUCUGAUGGAAAUAAUUCUUUCUCUUAUAGAAAUUAAUGGGAAAAUCUACAAGCAGAUCACCAUCUUAAAUAUAUUUAUGCCUUAAUAAAUUCGCAUCAUAUUUUUGUUCUUACUGUUUGUUUCAAUAAUAACAUAACUUUCUAGCAACUUUUAUCACCAGCAUUUAUUUAAGACGUAUUAUGCCAGACGAGUUUCAGUUCCAUGCAUUUGUCCGGAUUGGCUCUCUGUUUCUUUCAGGCAAACGUCCAAAUGUAUCGUCCAAGAAAUUGUAAAACGCCACAAUUAUUUCUCGUUACAUAUUAAAAUCACAAUUAAAUAUAAUCUAAAAUACGAGAGUGUUCAUAAUUUAAUGAAUACUAACGUCAACCAUUGUAAUAAAUUGUAAAUUUACUUUCACUGCUCAUAUGUGUUAUCUCCCUUGUAAUUAUGUUUAAUAAUAUAACAAAAACAUCACAAAAGUUUGGCAUCUAGAUGCAAUGUAAAUAUUUUACAUUUUUAAAUCAAGCAGAAAUCAUUAAAUAAAUAAUAUGUCCCAGACACCAAUGUGCUCUUAGAUUUAAUCACCAAUACGGAUUUAACCAUGUGCCGUAAUGUAUUAGUGGGUUGGUAAGACUGAGACUCGGCAAAGAAAAAAAAAGUGCCGACUGUAGUGAGCGCCCUCUUAUGUAACAGCUUCGACAAAACACCACCUAGCGACAAGAGCUCUCCCAGUUUACUACGGACCGAACCAUUCGUAAGUGCCAAGCGACGCGGAGGACGCCCAUUUCCGCAUAACCUACAAAAUGGACAGAUCAUCUACACCUCAAAAUCACUGGAAGAUGGGACAGAAUUUCAACUCAGUUAAAAGCGAGGUAACUCGUUAGAAUCUCAACUGUAGUACCGCCUAUUCAAAGAUUUCUCGUUGUUUUCCGCAGUCGCUACAGGCAAAUGCCACGACGGUAUCCUGGCUUAGUCAGCAGUCAACGUUCUGAAUUCCUCAUUCGCAGUUGUCAUAUAAUUUCUAAAGGGAUAUUUUAUGACCAAAAUAAGUUUAAAAGUUACUUUAAGUACAACCGCCAAGCAAAUUGUAAAUUGUUACCUUACGUAUGGAAUUAAAAUAUUUUGGUAAGUAUAUUAACCAGAAACAUUUGUUGCGGAUAUGCUGUGUAGCUUGCCUGCCAGUGGCGUGUGUCGAAUUGUGUCAUCUUGUGGCACACACGAUCAAACCAAAAACACAAAAUCCUUUAUUAACGCUAGGUUUGUUUAUAUGUCGUCGUGAAUAAACUGAUCUUAUAUUAGGCCUAUAUUUUGUUACAUUUUUAUUUGUUGAAUUAAUUUUUGUAUAAUUUUAUGUUCUCACAGCUGUGAGUCCGAAAAUGGCUGUCUUCUGUGUCACAGCGCUGUGUAGUCUCACAGACGUUUACCGACGUUUCAGAAGUCCUUGCCUCCAAAAUCAGGGCGAUAAUGAUGGCGCUUGAGGCAACAAGUAUCUCUGAAACGUCGGGAAUCUUCUACCAGGCUACACUGCAGUUACAAGCAGAAGAUAAUAGACUUUCUCAUUCGGGUUUGCAAUAUGUAUCGCGGUUCACACAGAAUUUUGUACAUUAACAAUAUUUGAGAGUGAAUAAUAAAUGACAGAAAUUGACUAAAUAAAAUAUAUAAAUUAAAAAGGAAUGUCUAGGAAAACGUCUGUGUGCAGUGCAUGUGAAUGAAUAUAAAGCUUCGACGGUUUAACUAAGUAAGAGCAAAACCGAAUUAUGAGAUCACUGAACAAAACCUCGCUACAAAAACACGAAAUCGUGAACUGCUGGUCACUUAAAGAAAUGCAUUCGAGUUAAAAUGUCGCUGCGCACCGGCGAAAUAACACUGCUCGAAGCAGUUAUAUUCGCGUCAACAUUUAGAUCUUCCAAAGUAAUAUUUUCCAAACUCGACCAAGCCACUGAGCAGUCGCGUUGCAGCUCGCCUCAAGAUUCAGAUCGUCCUGAUUGUGAAGGCAGCUUCUAUGAAACGUCGGAAAACUUCUGCCAGACUGCGUAACAACCCAGAGGACAGCCAUAUUCUUACUCGCCGCCUUUAGAAUCUGAAGUCUCACUGGUCUCGGACAUUUUAUUUCGUUGGAAGACAUUCAACGACCAGAACAUGAAACAUGAUUCAUAAAUACAAGUUAGCGUUUAUCAGUCGAAUCAAAGGGUUAAAAGUAUGUUGCUGCAUCAUCAUGCAUUAAAUAAUCAUGAAUCAGUAGUCACACUUCAGUUCUAGAUAAAUUGGUGAUGUGUUGUUUUCACGUUAUACAAAAUUCGCCUGCAAGUUCUGACGUGAUAAUAUUUGUGAGUAGAUACAUGUCACCCUGCCCUCACGAUACCCCAUAAAAUAAGGUUUCACAAAAAAUAAAAACCAACUAUCCUUCACAGGCUAACUUUUCAACAAAGAAAUAUAUAUAAGUAAUUAUUGGUGUGUGAGUAAAUAUCUUUGAGAAGUCAUAGCAAGUAGUUUGUGCUGAAUUUCAUAAGUAAAACAAAAAGUUACUCGAGUAAUAGAGAUCUCUCAUGUGCGACACACUUACAAACUUGCUGUGGUUCAUUAUGUAAUGCUCAAAACAUAACCUAGCUCAAGGAAUCUUUUGUUGUGAAUGAGGUGUUUCUUCUAUCGGAAUAUAUUUACAAUUUACUAUUUACAAUUUACAGGUUAUCUGGUUUAAAUUCAUAACAUCUGUUGAGAUUUGUAGAGAUACCUCGAAAAAAUAAUCAUUAUGUGUGUGUACAUGUACAUAAUUGUAAUAAUCAGUGGAUAUUGUAAAAAAAAGAAAGAGAUGUUGCCAACUUAAAGACUGCUAUUUUAGUUCCAUGCCAUCCUCAAAAAUGAGUUGGAAACAUUUCUGUAGACUACAUUUAUGUGUGACAAGCUCUGGAAAUAAAGACGUUCGUACUGCCAAACCUA